AUGUCACACGUGGAACGUUAUCAACAUCGUUUUCAGCAUCUCCACAAUGAAUCUGCUGCUAAUUUUGGUUUUUAUUGUCGGUGCGUCAUCAGACAGCUUUUACAGUUAUAGCGUAAAACAGGGAGACAAAGAAACAGACCUGAGUCAAUAUGCAGGAAAGGUGGUGCUUGUGGUGAAUGUGGCGUCCGAAUGUGGCUACACUGACGGUCAUUACAGGUCUCUGGUCAGACUCCAGGACAAGUUAGGUUCCAGUGAUAAAUUCUCUGUCCUAGCCUUUCCAUGUAAUCAGUUUGGUAAACAGGAGCCUGGGAGUUAUAAAGAAAUCCUGUCUUUUGCAAAGAAAAAUUACAAAGUCAACUUUCCAGUAUUUUCCAAAAUUAAUGUGACAGGUGAUGAUGUUCCUGAAGCUUGGAAAUAUUUAAUUCAAAACUCUGAAGAGCCAACAUGGAAUUUCUGGAAAUACCUGGUAGAUGAGAAAGGGCAUGUGGUUCGAGCCUGGGGCCCUUGGAUAUCAGUAGAAGAUAUCACACAGGAUAUCAUAGAUGUCAUUGAUGGAAACUAUUCUGUUAAUGCCCAGAAGAGGGGGGAGCUGUGAACAGGAUCUUGCUAGUCAAUGUUUGAUAAAGUACUUAACAAUAAGUGUUUACAUUUCCCCCUUUACUGUAAGUGUUGACAUUUCCCCCAGAAGCAAUAUCCAAAUCAAUAAUAUUUAUUUUCAUUGAUUAUUGCAAAGCAAGCUUGAACUAAAAUGUUUAUUUUGUAGUUUUUUUAUUCAAAAAAUAAGUUUAAAAAUUCAAAUAUAUUCAUUGGCCUAUCCAUGCACAUCUGAGGAAAAAUAUAUAAACAAAUUAAAGCUAGUGGAUGGCCAUGGGUGCACAAGGAAAUAAAAAAGAAUCAAAGGUUUUUUUAAGGCUCCUAAAUGUAAAUUUUAUUUAUUUUUCGUUUGCAACACACCGUUAGUGUCGAAUAAGAAGGGAAACAAUAUUCUUUGUCUAUUGUGAAAUGUUAAAAUAUAAAAAAAAAAACAUUGUGAAUAUAUAUUAUUAGUUAAUUAAAUCAAUGAAGUUAAUUUUCUUCAAACAUGAAAGAACAAAAUACAUGUAUUUGAAGUGUACAACAUUCAAAGAUUGCUUAUCAUAUCUACAUCUUUGUUAAAUCCUCCCUAAUUGAAAAGUAUCAGAUAGAAACACAGUUUAAGGGAGAUAACUCUAACAUGGAUUUAACCAACAAAAAAAAUUGUCACAAAUCAUGUUAAAUUACAAAAUACCAUUUAUGAAUCACAGUAUUAAAUUAAGGGAUUGUAUGUACAUGUACUUCCCAACUUGUGAAUGUUUUUUAUUUAUUUAUUUUUGGAUGACUGUUCAUUUACAUCAUUAUGAUUGAUGCAAAUCAUCAUACAUAAGCAUUUUCAUCCCAUAGAAUCAAAUUACUUUUAUUAGACAUGUAUGUUAAACACAAGCUUGCAAUCAUAGAAUAAGAUGGUGUGAUUUUUUUGGGAAGAAUAUGUAUAAUUAAAUUCAUUUAUUUCAUAUUAUAAUUUUUUGAUGCAUUUGAGUUUGGAACAAAGAAAUGUUUGAAUGAAACUAAGUAAUCUGAGUGUAUAUUAGUUUUUCUUGAGGGAAAGGAAGUACUAGUAUUGCCAAAAAAAGUCUGGAUAACAUUGACUCGUUGCAAUAAAUCAGUUGUUCUGAAGUAA